AUGGAACCGGGCCUCUUCUCAGCAGCCUACAGGCCAGUUCUGUGCUGCCCAUUUUCGUCUGGCUCUGCAACAGCGAAGCGCCCGCCCGCCCGCGCCCCUGCCCAUGCCCUCGCCACCGCUGCCGUCUCCCUCCACCCUUUCCUCUCCCGGCCCGCCUCCGUGCUCCGCGUAGGCCGCCGCCUCCCACCCCUCCUCCUCCGCGCCACCUCGUUCACCUCCGCCUCCCGGGAUUUCAACAUCACCUUCGCGGAGCCCGCCCCGUCCAAAAAGGCCCCGUCCGCGCAGCCGCUGGUCCCGUGGAUCGUCCGCGGGGAGAACGGCAAGCCCCGCCUCAGCACCUCCCCGCCGCCGGACGUGCUCCAGGCCAUCGCUCUCGCGGAGGCGGAGGCCAACAAGGCCGCCAAGAAGGAAACCCUCAAGGGCCAAAAAGGCGCGGUUGCCGCCGCCGCAGCUGCGGCUACUUCCAAUGCCAGCGUCAAGGCCCGGAAGGCCGCCCCGACCGCGCCGCCCAAGUUCUCCAAGGCGGCCAGAAGGUUUUACAAUGAGAAUAUCAAGGAGCGGGAGCCGCAGCGGCUCGCCAAGGUCCUUGCCGCCGCAGGAGUGGCAUCAAGAAGGACCAGUGAGGAGUUCAUCUUCCAAGGGAAGGUGACUGUCAAUGGUUCAGUCUGUACUUCUCCUCAGACCAAAGUUGACAUCUCAAAGGAUUCUAUCUACGUCAAUGGGAAUCGCAUUUCCAAGAAGCUGCCUCCGAAGCUGUAUUUUGCUGUUAACAAGCCAAAGGGGUACAUUUGCUCAUGUGGCGAAGACUCAAAGUCUGUUGUCUCCUUAUUUAAUGAUUAUUUGAAGGGCUGGAACAAGAUUCAACCAGGGCAGCAAAAACCACGCUUGUUUACUGUGGGUCGUCUUGAUGUUGCCACGUCUGGAUAA